GGGCUAAAGUAACUGUGCCUCUCCCUCGGAUCCGAGCAUGCGUCCCAUGUAUUUUGCGAUCGUUAGUGAAGCGCUGGCAUCUGCGGCGACUGAGCGUUGCUUUGCCUGGCUAUUCGGGAAAUAUCGAUUUACACUUAACAUUUUUUUUGGUAAAUAAUUCUUUAAUUGGAAUAAUUCUAAUAGUGAUUCGGUCACGGUGCGGAUAGUUUCGCGCCAAAAUGGACCGUCCUUCAGACGACGCUGAAAUCAACCAGAUAAUUCCGUCACUUGCUAAAAAAAGUCGACAUAACGAUGAUUCGGAUGAUUCUGAUGACUUUAGCGAUGAAGAAUUGAGCUCACAAGAUGUGUCGAAAGAUGAUCAAUCCAGUCCGAAAGGAUCUGAUGAUGAUGAGGUAAAUAUUUUAGAAUCACCAUCAAAGCUCAAGACCAACCGUGAACCAGUAAGUAUUCAAGACACACAAGAUCCACUUUUGGUCUCAUCAUCAAAACAAGAUUUAAGUGAGUCUGAUCAAAGCUCCAUUAUUCCAAGUAAUUUAAAACCUGAUGCCCCCAAGGAGGAAAUAGACACGCAUGAUGCUUUAGUUCAAUUGCCAAUGUCACCUUCAGAUAUUACAUCCUCAGCAUUAAAACCAGAGGUAAAUCAAGAAUGUGACGAAAACGAUGUUGUCCCAUUACCUGACUGUACUACCAACUCACCUCAAGAAACCACCAGCACUUGGAGCAGUAACCCACAACCAAUGAAAGUUAUAAAUUUUACUAAAAAACAGGGGCUCUUAGUACCUCCUCCAUCAGAUCCUUACGAAGCGUUCCGUUUGUUAAUUGAUGACGAUUUAUUGGAUAUCAUUGUUCGAGAGACGAAUGCAAACGCAUUACGAACGAGUGCUGAGGACAAUGUGAAGACAAAUUCCAGAAUAAAAAAUUGGACAGAAUUGACACGAGAUGAAUUACUCAUAUUUCUCGGACUUCUUCUACACACGGGAACAAUUGGAUUAAACCGUAUCAGUGAUUAUUGGAAACGACAUUAUUUGAUUAACAUACCCUGUUUCGCGCAGUUUAUGUCUAGAAAUCGAUUUUUACUUAUUUUAAGAUGUCUAAACUUUACGUCUGAAUCAUGUGAAGAUCGUGUGAACAGAAUCAGACCAGUUAUGGAUCAUUUUAAUAAGAAGAUGAACGAUAUCUACUCUCCGGGGAAAGAAUUAUCAGUGGAUGAAUGCAUGGUUUUAUUGCGAGGUCGUUUACUGUUGAGAGAGAUUAUAAAAAAUAAAACACAUAAAUACGGCAUCAAAGUGUACUCUCUAGCUGAACAAGAUGGUACGAUUGUGAAAUUUCAUGUUCAGACAGGUGGAAAUAUUGAGACAGCUGAUCAAAAUGAUGCUAGUAACAUCGUCUUGAAACUUCUAGAAGAGAGAAUGGAUUGUGGCCAUCAUUUGUACCUUGACAAUUACUAUAACUCAUAUGCGCUGGCGUUGACAUUGCUAGAACGAGACACAUAUUGCACAGGACCAUUGAAAAAGAACCGCAAAGAUAAUCCUAUCGAAAUUGAGAAUAUCUUAUUAGAGAAAGGAGAGAAUAAAUCAUUAUUCUUGAACGGUGUUCAUAUUGGAAAAUGGAGGAAUAAACGUUACGAAGUAUACAUUUCUACAAAAUAUGGCGAUGAAAUGAUCCCAACUAUAUCGAAGAUGAGAUCCAUAUUAAAACCGAAAGCAAUUGUAUAUUAUAAAAAUUUUAUAUCUGGCGUUGAAAUUCCAGAUCAGAUGUUGGCUUACUAUCCUUUUCAAAGAAAGACGUUGCGUUGGCACAAGAAGUUAUUUGUGCAUAUACUUCAAAUAAGUCUUAGUAAUGCAUUCUCUUUGUACAACAAAUAUUCUAAGAAGGAUAGAAUCAAUAUGUAUAAUUUCCGUUUGCAAAUACUAGAGAAGCUUUUACCUGAUCCUAGUGAAAUUCAUCGACGCAGCGUUUUGAAAAUCAAACACGAGCUGACUAAAAUUGAGAAGGUCCGAACGAGACAAAAGAAAGUAGGAGGUGUGAUUAAAGAAUACACAGAAGUUGCUAGAAAACAAUGCAAAGGUUGUGGAGCACAGAAAAUCAGAAUGCAAACGAUUUAUGAAUGCAAGCAAUGCGAAGGCUCUCCGGGUUUCUGCACUAAAUGUUUCUGUCUGGCGCACUCAUAAGUUUUUUUCUUAAAGUUGUUUUUUGGAUUCGAAUUUUAUGAUUAUAAAACGUUCCCAUUAGCACUCUGAUCCAAAAGAAAGUUUUUCUGUUUAUUUUUAAAAUAAUGUUAACAAACAAGAUAUAAUUUGAACUUAAUUAAGAUUUAUCUUUAAAAAUGUUAAUAGACAACUAUAGUGUGUCUAAAUAAGAUAGAUUAGUUUGAUAAAUGACGCAUAUGAAGUAUCGAUUUCAAUUUGUAAGGAGGCAAAAUGCCAUACUUAAUAGACAGGUAUCGUAGUGACGAAACAAACACGCAUAUCGAACAAUUUUGAACUAUCGAUAUUCGUUUUAAAUAAUUAUCGAACUCAACUAAAAUUAUUAUUUUCUUAUUAACUAAUUUAGAGAACAAUUCUAAUAUUGAUUAUAAUGUAGAGAAUUUAGCGAUGACAGAAAUAAUAGCGAAAUCCAAUUCGAUUACGUACUUCUGUAUUAGUAAAAAACAUU